GUAUUUAAUAAACAAACAGCAAACUGAUCUCUAUUCUAUCUCAUGCACUCAGGCGCAACUUUUCCAGAUUUAGAAAAAAAACAACAACCAAAAAAAAAAGUCUCUAUACCUUCACUCCCAGAGUAAGCUCAGUCUCUGGUACCAAGCUCCGUGGGGUGAGUUUUCUUCUAGAAGAGUCCAAGGGGAUAGGUAAGGAGUGGGAGGCAGGGAGUCCAGUUCACGGAUGGAGAUUCCGGGAUGAAAAGUGAAGGGAGAGGGACGGGGCCCAUGCGGAGGGUUUCUUCCUGGUUUCUCAGACAGCUCCUGGGCCAAGACUCAGGGAGACAGUGAGACAGAGCGCUUGGCACAAGAGGAGCGGGGUCAGGGCGAAGUCCCAGGGCCCCAGGUGUGGCUCUCAGGGUCUCAGGCCCCGAAGGCGGUGUAUGGAUUGGGGAGUCCCAGCGUUGGGGAUUCCCCAUCUCCGCAGUUUCUCUUCUUCUCACAACCUGCAUCGUGUCCUUCUUCCGGAAUAGUCACGACGCGGACCCCGUUCUCACUCCCAUUGGGUGUCGGGUUUCUAGAGACGCCAAUCAGCGUCGCCGCAGUCCCGGUUCUAAAGUCUCCACUCACCACCAGGACUCAGAUUCUCCGCAGACGCCUAGGAUGGCGGUCAUGGCGCCCCGAACCCUCCUCCUGGUGCUCUCAGGGGUCCUGGCCCUGACCCAGACCCGGGCGGGCUCUCACUCCAUGAGGUAUUUCUACACCUCCGUGUCCCGGCCCGGCCGCGGGCAGCCCCGCUUCAUCGCCGUGGGCUACGUGGACGACACGCAGUUCGUGCGGUUCGACAGCGACGCCGUGGGCUACGUGGACGACACGCAGUUCGUGCGGUUCGACA